AUGCCAGUUCCCCAGCCCAAACCCAGACCUCCUGAAUCUCUGAAGUUAGUUGCGCAGCCCUUUGUGCUGCACAAAGUACCCCAGAGAAUCCAGGAUUUGUGGCUCAAGCCUGUAAUUCCGAAAUGGGCAGAGUCCCUGCAGUCCCGGGCCUGCCUAUUCCCAAACACUUGGAAGGUUGUGGAAGCAUCAGAUAGAGAUAGAAAUCAUAAAGGCAAAGUUUGCUUUGUCCUGGUUUUUGCUGGAUUAGAAAACUUUCUGCUUGCAGCAAUGGCCUACAACCGCUUCAUAGCCAUCUGCAAUCCACUUAGGUACAAAGUCAUCAUGAACUCCUGCCUGUGUGUUUUGCUGACUCUGUUUUCAUUGCUCAUUAGCACUGUAGAUGCCCUGCUGCACUGCCUCAUGGUACUUCAUCUUUCAUUCUGUGCCGACCUGGAAAUCCCCCACUUCUUCUGUGAACUGGACCAGGUGAUCAAGCUCGCCUGUUCUGACACUCUCCUCAACAAUAUCUUGGUAUAUGUAGUGACCAGCAUAUUGGGUGGUAUCCCUCUCCUUGGGAUUAUCUUCUCUUACUUUAAAAUCACCUCUUCUAUUCUAAGAAUGCCCUCAACUGAGGGAAAGUACAAAGCAUUUUCCACCUGUGGGUCUCAUCUUUCUGUUGUUUCCCUGUUCUAUGGGACAGCUUUUGGUGUGUACAACAGCUCUGCAGUGACUGACUCAUCCAGGAAGACAGCAGUUGCCUCAGUGAUGUAUACAGUGGUCCCUCCAAUGUUGAACCCCUUUAUUUAUAGUCUGAGAAGUAGAGACAUAAAGAAAGCCUUGAAGAAACUUAUCAGGACAUCUCACUUUUUGAAAUUGUGUCAUCUGCUUUAG